AUGAAUUUGGCAAUUUCAUCAAGUUCAGAAGAAGAAUCAUCAUAUAAUGCUAAAGAAUAAGACAGAAUAUUAAAGAAUUCAAAUAUUUUUAAAUAGAAAGCUAGCUCUCAUUUGAAUUGCUUGAAACAUCCAAAUAAGAAAGCAAAAUAUUAUGCCUAAAACGAUAAGCGAACAUUGUUCUGUUCUAAAUGUGCUUUGAAUUUAGCACUUAAGGGACACAAAAUUGAAGAGAGCGCUGGAGCAGAGUUAGAAUUCCAAAGACAAUUGAGAAUUAACUAAUUUUAGGAAUCGAUGAAAUAAACUUUACAAGCUUGCAAUUUUAAAAUAAUAGACUUUAAUAACAUGUAAAUAAAUCAAAAGCAAAUGCUUGAAGAUUAAAAAGCUAAUUGCAUAAGAUUUUUUGAAUAAGUGAUUGAAACAGCUUAAUAAUUAAAGUAAACCUACAUUCAAAAGUUUCAACAUGACCAUUUAAGUCUGGAGUAGAAUAUUUUGGAUUGUUAAUAGGCAGUGACGAAUUAUGAGAAGCAAUUAUAGCAAUUUUAAAUUGAUAUUGAGAAAAACCACUCUAACAUAGUGAAAAAAAUGGAGAUGAAACCCUUUGAAGACAUAAUGUAAAGAUACGAGAAAAGAGUAAAGAAUAUUUAACAAUUAUUAUCAGAAAUGAAAUUAGAUUCUAGUGUAAAAAUCAAUUAAUUUGAGUAAUCAUAAAUUUUAACAUUUAUGAAUAAAAUGUGCUACAAUAUUUUAUUAAACGAUUAGAUAAAGUCUAGAAGUAAUUCAAUCAAUUAUAACAAUCCUUCUAUUGAUAUGAAAGCAUUUGAUGUCUUAGAAAAUGAUGAUAUUUAUUAGAGCACAUUCUCGAACACAAUUAAAGAUAGCAAUAGCUAAAAUCCUCCAUCUCCCAUCUCUAAAUUGCCAAUUUAUAAAAGUAAUGGAUCUAAUCCCAUUUCCACAAUCUAAAAUUCAAGAAGAGAAAGCAAUUCAAACACUCCAGAAAGUUGGAAUCACACCCACAUCCAAAAUUGUGAUCAACAAUUGCAGAUUCCCUUAUAGCCAAACAGUCAUAAUGUGAGUUUGAAUGAGUAGCCAAUUACGAUCAACUAAUAAUAAUAGUAGCCUAAUGAAAGGUUCAAUGUUUAGGAGAUUGUGAAGUAAGCAAAUGACAAUGUCUAAAUAUAAACUAGUGAACACUUGAAAAACCUAGAGAUAUCACCUUUGAUUCAAUAGAAGAGUUAAUCAAAUUUACCACAAUCUGUCAAGAUAUACAACAGUCAAAGAAACUAAUACGAUUCGAACACAAAUAAUAAAUCUCAGGAUCAGAAAUAAAGAAAAAAACAGCCAUCAGUGGAUUAUUUUGAAUAGAAACGAUGUUACAUUAUAAAUCAGAAUCAACAAAAAUCAUAGUUGUAAUAAUAAGAAGAUUCACUGAAGGAUAGAAUUUUUAAAGAAUUAAGUGGACAUUCCAGUGAAUCCGUUUAUAAUUAAGUUUUAAAAAUAAAUACUACUCAACAAAAAAUUAAAAAGGGAAAGGAGAACACUUAGAUUGAUUGGACAAGUAGUUUAAGAAAUAAGUAAAAUUUACUAACAAAAAAAUGA